UAAAUCGUGCCAACUUUUCUUCCGCCAAGAUCCUUUGAAAAUUGUUAGAGCCAAAGGACAAUACAUGUACGAUGAAAGGGGCGAUGCUUUCCUAGACUGUAUCAACAACGUUGCCCAUGUUGGUCAUUGUCACCCAGAAGUAGUCAGAGCAGGCUGCGAACAAAUGUCAAUUUUGAAUACUAACAAUCGCUUCCUUCACGACAACAUCGUUCUAUGUGCGAAGAGAAUAAUAAGCACGAUGCCUGACGAAUUGUCUGUUUGUUUCUUCGUCAAUUCUGGAUCGGAAGCUAAUGAUCUUGCUCUACGUCUAGCACAAAUACACACCGGGAAUAAGGACGUCAUCGCACUCGAACAUGCUUACCAUGGCCAUUUGACAUCUUUGAUUGAUAUUUCUCACUACAAAUUUAACCUUCCUGGCGGGGUUGGACAAAAGGAACAUGUUCAUGUGGCAUCCCUUCCGGACUCCUACAGAGGAAAGUACCGCGAUUCCGAAUACCAGAAGGAAGAAAUCGGUCAGCUUUACGCAGACGAGGUCCGUGAUAUAUGUACAAAAAUCCAAGAGGACGGAAAUGGUGUCUGCGCCUUCAUCGCGGAGAGCAUGGUGAGCUGUGGAGGUCAGGUGAUUCCCCCGAAGAACUACUUCGGUGAAGUAUACAAUCACGUGAGAUCAGCAGGGGGCGUUUGCAUCGCGGACGAAGUCCAGGUGGGAUUUGGAAGAAUCGGAAAGCACUGGUGGGCAUUUCAGCAAUUCGAUGUCCUGCCUGACAUUGUGACCAUGGGCAAACCCAUGGGGAACGGUCAUCCAGUGGCGUGCGUCGUCACGACUCAGGAAAUUGCCGACAGUUUUAUGAAAACAGGCGUGGAAUACUUCAAUACGUACGGUGGAAAUCCUGUAUCAUGUGCCAUAGCCAACGCCGUCUUCGAUACCAUAGAAAAAGAAAAUUUGAGAGAAAAUGCGGUAGUGGUAGGUGAAUACCUGCAAGAUAACUGUCAAAUGUUGGCGAAAAAGCACAAAUGCAUCGGGGAUGUUAGAGGAGUCGGUCUGUUCGUUGGAAUUGAUGUCGUUCAGGAUAGAGAAACGAGAAUACCUGAUACGGAGUGUGCCAAGUUCAUUCUUCAAAG